AGCAAUCAUAUGAGACACGUGGACUCAAAACCCUAGACAUUAGUAUUUCCCACCCAAAUGCCCAGUUGGAGACUUCCUUUCAACAGGGCGGGAAAACAUAGUCCUCCAAAAGCGGGGUACUGCGGGAGCCGAGGGACAUCAGCCGAAAAUGGUGAGCAAGAAGAAGAGAAGACAUGGAAAUGGCGGAAUCGAACCAGAAAAGGAGAACGAUGGAGGCGGAGUUGCAGAUUACGAGCUGUCUCGAGAGCAAAGAAUCAAAGCGAAUCUUGAAAGGAUGCAGAAACUCGGCAUCCUGGAGCUCUCUCGUAAUCUCAAACCUCCUCCUAAACCGAAAACCAUCCGUCCUCCGAAACGCUUGCCUCCGUCGCCUACGUCUCAGAGACGCUCUUCUAGGAUACAGACCUUGCCCACUGUUGAUUAUUCAGAGAUGCGUGUUCCAAAUUCCAACGAAAAAGUCAUCAAGGACGUCAAAAUUGAAAUAAAGGAAGGUUCACAACCUGAGGUUUACACUGAAGAACAUGAAAAGGCUUUGGGUGAUCACAAAGAAACUUGGACGCUUUGUGUGGAUGGGUAUGACGAUGAGGGGAAUCGUAUGUAUGAUGCUUAUGCAGGAAAGAGCUGCCAUCAAUGCAGGCAGAAAACUACAGGUCAUCGUACUAAAUGCUGCAAGUGUAAUAUUGUACAAGGGCAGUUUUGUGGUGAUUGCUUGUUCAUGAGAUAUGGAGAGAAUGUUCUAGAAGCAAAAGAGAACCCAGAGUGGGUUUGUCCUGUGUGUAGAGAUAUAUGCAACUGCAGUCGAUGUCGCAGGGUAAAAGGAUGGGAACCUACUGGAAAUCUUUACAGGAAGGUGUUGCGCCUUGGUUUCAAGUCAGUGGCUCAUUAUCUGAUUCACACUCGAGGCCCUAAUGGAAAGCAAGAGGACAUGGAAGAUCUCAAAACUUCAGAUGAAGAAGAUGAUGAGGUUGAUGAUGGGGGAAAUGUAUCCAGUGUGAAAAACAUCAAUGAUCAUGAUGGUGGUGAUGGUGAUUCUGAUUAUAAGUCUGAUGAUGAUGAUGAUAAUGAAGGUGAAGAUGAUGAUUAGAUGCAGAGUUGAUUGCUCUUUUUGAAAUCAAAUGUUUUCUUGAGCUCUUCACUUGAUUAUGGUGCUGAAUUUUGGGGUGUUAAAGGAUCUAAAGUUUUACAGGUGCCAUAAACAUGCCACAAGUGCAAAAUGGUUAAAGUGCUAUUGAGCUUAAAUGUAUCAAUAUUUUAUAUAUAUAAUCAGUUUUGUUGUAGAAGGCUA